UUUCAAAUAGACUCCAAAUCCUAUUGUAAGUGUAUGUUGAAGCUGUUGAAUUGAGCCCGUUAGUGUGUACGGUCGCUAGCAGGCCCCUCGUCGCGUCGAGAUUUGAUGCCUACGCGAUUCUCAACACCAAAUAAUUCGACAACCCCUCAGCGCAACACCACAUCGUCGAGAGAACACUGCCCGGCGUGGAACUCCUCUGGCAGAUUAUGGAGAAACGGUGAUUGAAGCUCAUAUCAUCAAUGGCAGAUUCACCAGCCAAACGGCGCAAAACAUCGCCCACCACUUCCGUUGCAAUCGACGCGCCUGCGACACCGAGUCGAAUACCUGUACCGAUUGCUUCACAAAGUGCGGCGAAGACCUCAGCUCGUAGACCAUCGUUUGCUUCUCCGACGAAGGCAAGCUUAGCAAGACAUAAUCCUCAAUUGCUGAACAGACCAUCGUCCUCAGGAGCUGGAUCAGUGAGGCCUAGCAGUCGGGGAAGGAAUCUACAAGAUGUGUUUGCAAAAGCUUUGGGAGAAACUGCUCCUCCUGUAGGACAGUCUGUAAUUUCUGGAGCAGACAGAGAGGGUUCAAAAUCAAUGUCAACGACCGAAGAGAAUGAGCCUGAGGAUUUACAAACACAGCAGCCAAGAGCAUCCACACCGAAAGCUCGCAGUACAAAGCCUGUUGGGGGUGGACUUUCUACAAAACCGAGAAGACCAUCACGAUCUCCAGUCAAGAGACCUAACAAAACACCUACUGUAUUUCCAGAAGUGGAUCCAACGAAAGGAUUACCAGAGGACUUCAAUCCGUUCCAAAAGAAAGGCUUGAGAAGGUCACCGGUGCCUGGCCAGGCUGAAUUAUUGCCCCAGCAAGAAGUUCAACAGAGUCAACAAGAGAACAUCAAUCCAUUCCGCAAGACUGGCUUGAGAAGAUCACCUGUCUCGUCACAGCCAGUUGAGAAUGUCGAGCCUCCGCAAGUUGAGGCUCCCGCCUACCGUUCAACGACCAAGACCGCCCCAACGAUGCCAACGCCUUCAACCCACCGUGCCCAGCAAGCAGAAAUUCCUAUAGAGGCUCCAGCCUAUGUUGCCACAACUCCGACUGAGCCAGCACCUCCUUUAUCUAGCAUUGCUGAUAUCGUGCACGAAGCGUCGCUGCCACAGCAAGAUGAGCCUCCGUCAGAUGGUAUUGUACUUCCCGAAGAGCUACUAGGCUCACUUGAGCCCCCAAGAUCACCCAGAGGACAAGGAAUGACAGCAUUGUUUCCUGUGAGUCGCCCUGAGCGUCCUGAGCCGGAGCUACCUCCCACGCCAACUCAGAGGGGGAUACCAGAUCCAAUCGUCACUACACCACCAACAGGAAUCCACGAUACGCCCAGCAAGAGAGCGAGGAGGAGCAAGGCGCUAUCCGCGAAGCUCAAGUCAUCGCCUCUGAAGCCGCGAGACCCACCUCCUCAGGUUUCCGUGAAAGAGAAACAAGCUGAACCCCAAGAAGAGCAGAAGGAACAGAAGAAGGCUCAAGAAGAACCAGUCAAACGACGAAAGUCGGCCAGGUUUCUGAUUCCUGAAGACCCCCACGCUGCCAAGAAGAAGGCUCGUGAUGAUCUUUUGAAUGAGCUUCAGCAACUGCGGGCGGAUGUAGCUCUAGCAAACCAAGAGAACGAGCGAUUGCGCCGGCAGGCAGAAUCGAGGAAAAAGAAAGCUGCUACUGCGGAUCCGGAUGAGCUUAUUGCUAUGUUGACAAGGGCUACAGCACUCGAACGGCCGGUCAAGCCGAAGCCAAAACCUUCAAGCAUCUUCAAAUCAAUCAGCACCUUUCUUCCAUUCAAUCCGAAAACGAGAGCUGCGCCUUUGCCUAUUUCAGAAAAGCCACCUCCCUCUCAUCUCCCUAUUGCGCUCGACGAUCCAUUACCCUAUCUUCAAGCAUUUUCUGGUCUCAACUAUACAUCGACCAUCACUCUACUCCCAUCGGACCUGACCUCAUCGGAUACUGCUUCACAAGAGCUAGAGCAGUCGCUCAUGCAGAAACAUAUUAUAACAGCUUCUCACCCAUCUAGCCUCUUCACGACUCGUUUCGCGAUGACAGUGGAUACCUCAGCGCUGUCCAUAUCAUCUGUUGAUAUUCUUCGACUUGACAUGAAUGCGGAGAAAGAACUUGGAACGUUCAUCCGAGGACGAGCAAGAGACGAAGGACCUCUUGGAAGAGAUAUCACAGUCAUCUGCUGGGCAAUGUCUCGUUGGGUUGAAGUCUCGAUCAGACGGGCACAAUUCUGGUGUGCUGUCGAACAAGAACUUGGUACACCAGAUGCGAGAAUAAAAUCUCUACAAAGAAAAAGGAAGCGGAAACGUCUCGGCUCAGUCAUUGACAAUGAUGAGGAUUCUGUGGAAGGUGUCGAGGAUGAGCAUGAGAAGAGCAAGUGGACCAGGAAACAGCUACUACCGCACUUCGGACGAAGUAGCAUGGAGCUCUCGAACGAGGACGUAGAGGUGAGAUUCGAGUGGAAGAUAAAUUUCGACUGGACAGGCGAGGUCGACAGCUCAAUCGCGGCGGCUGCCAGGGUACCAAAGAUUUGGCAACAUGCCGAUGAGCGAAGCAGCCUCAGCAAGGUGCCUGAAACUUUUGAAAAGCUGAAGAAGGAAAAGGGUCCUCUCGGCGCUGUACGAGCUAUGGUUGGAUUGCUGAUGCCACCAUUGUGAGGGAUGUGUCUGACGAUAUGCAUGAUAAUGAGUUGUUGAGCUGAAAUAUAUAUCACUUUGCUUGUUACCGCUCCUGAUGCCAGGAUCCGCCGCACAUUUUUGACACUUUCCUUCUUGCGUGUCCGAAUUCUAAUCAAAC